AACUAUUAUCCCUGGCUGCUAUAUGCUAUAAAUGGCCCAUAUGUGUUUUUAGAACAACGAUAGGUUAAAGCGUGCUAUCUUCCUGCCAUGACACAACUGUAGCUUAGUCAGUGGCCAUUUGGACCCAAAGGAAUGUGUACCCCCUGUGGGGCCCCACCACCUCCACCUCCCCCCACACACAGUGGUCCAGCAACCCGUAUCAGUCUAAAGAACAUUUCCGGGGCAGUACUAAUGGUGCCACAGGAGCCAACUAAUCACAGCAAAGAACAUCUCAGGAAGAAUAUCAAAACAACCAUAGAGAAGGAUAUUCCAAAUUUGUCUUCCAGAGUCAUUGUAUCUUCCAAUAGCACUGUCCACCCAAUACUUCAAGAUGGGCCAUGUUGCGGAGUUGUUGCCCUUGCCAUGGCUGCUCAAAUGUUGAAGAAAGAAAUGGCAGCCACACACAUCUUAGAGACAAGUCAGAGGAAAGGCUUGUCAUUGCAGGGAGAACUCUUCUCAGCCUAUGAUAUGGCCACAUUAGCAGAGGAAAUUCUGGAUUGUACAGCCACUGUUAUAGAUAUGAGGGACUCAGGAUCCAGGGAAAUUCUCCUGGGACAUUUAUCCAACAGUCACCCUGUCCUAGUGCCAUAUGAUGGAGACAAAAAUAAUGGACCUUGUUUGAAGAAUGGAAAUAAAGCUCACUGGGCUGUACUCACAGGGUUCCUUUUCUCACUUGCAAGAACUUUGCUGCCUGACAAUCUGGGAAUGACAGAAGACCUUGAAUUAUCUCCCUUAUAUGAAAUUCAGCCACAGAAAGCCUCUGCACUUCAGAAUCUCCUUGUUUCAUCGCCAGACAUUUUCGUGUACGGCAUGCAGGGCAAGAGUCAAAACAUCGGUGUGUGGUCACUGGACAGAGUGUUGGAGAGUAAUGCGAAUUUACGGGAGGUGGAUCCAGACAGAGAAGCGGAGGUGGAGCAGUACAUUAUACCCCAGGAGGGGAUCCAAAGGGUUCUGUGCAAUAAAGUUGUGAUCUUAUGCAAUCAAAAUUUAAAUAGUCCUUAAAAAGAAUGUACUUAUUUUUUGUAUUACAAAUCAUACUUAAAUAUUUGAAUUUUUAAAAGUUUUAAUUUUCUUUAUGAGAGUUAUACAUGUACAUAUGCCAAAGAAUGUACUUAUUUUUGUUUUACAAAUCAUAUUUAGAUACAUGUAUUUGAUUUUUUUUCAAGUUUAAUUUUUGUUUUCUUUAUGAGAGUUAUACAUGUACAUGCAUUUACAACCCUAUGAUAGUCUGUAGUUUUGCCAGUAUUUUGCCAAUAUAUAUGUUAAUAAUGUAAACCAAAGCUUAGUUACAGUCGGUAACCUCAGUAAUUAUUCAGUAUUAACAAUAGAAACCAAAAUUUAUUUAUGGUUGUGUCCUCCUGAAAAAAGUAACGUCUACAUAUAAUAAUAAUAAUGCUUUAUCCAUAUGAUCGAAUUACGUAUGUGGUUGUGAUGAAUAGUUUGAAUAAUUCCUGAAAGAAUGUACUUAUAUUUCUAUUUUGGCACAUAUUUGUCAUUUUUAAAUUGAAGUUAAUUGUUUUGUUAAUGUCAAAGUAAUUUAAACCUGAUUGAAUGUGUGUGGUUGUGAUGAAGUUGAAUUGAUUCUUAAAAGAAUACUGUAGAUCACUAAAUUUUCGCAACGCCUUAUUUUUGCGAGAUAGGCAUUGAUUCCUGAUAUUCGUGAAAAAUUUUCACAUAUUGUGGUUUUUGCUUAAUAUAAUCUUAAGGAAUACUAUUAUACUUGAGAAUUAAAUUUUCCCGCGUACACUUUCUUGCAAAAUUAAGCAAAAGGAAAGUUUUUGCAAAUAAAAGUGAUUUACAGUAUGCUCAUUCAAGUCAUUAUUUUUGUUUUGAAUGUGAUUGAUAUACAAAUAAAUCCAUUUACAAUUCUUGCAGGCCUGGAUAGGAAUCAAGGAGGCAGGGGUAGGGGCAAUUACUUUGCUAGUAUAUAAAAUAUUUAUUUAAAAGAAAACCAAAGCUACUUACAUGUAAUCAUAGAUGGCUACCUCAAUAAUUUUCAUGAUCAGUAUUUACAAUAAAGAGCAAAUGUUAUGGUUUUUAUUCUUUUUAAUAAAAUUUAUAUACCCCCUAACCUUAAAAAAAUUGUAAUCAUUUAAAAUGUAUGUACUUUAUACUUGUACAUGAUGCAUUUAUUUUCUUGCCAAACAGGAUAUAUUUUUCUGUGCAUUAGAGGUGAAUAGUUUAUCGAUUAUAUUGUUUUUCCCUAUGUACUAGUGUUCCUUUAUGUGGCCCCUUGCUUUCAACCAUUUGCUUCCUACAGGCCUGCUUUGACAAUCAUUUUACAUUGAUCUGCGAUAAUAAUUUUUUGGAUUGUUUAUAAAUAAAGUUGACAUUUUUUAUGCUUUCAUGA